CUUCCUAUGUGCCGGGCAUUCCAGGUGGCAUAUCUCCCUAUCCAGCAGGAAGCACUCCAAACCCGAGCUACCCAAGCUAUCCUUAUCCGGGUGGUGUUCCAUUUCCAGCAACCACUAGUGUUCAGUUCUACCCUUCUCAGCCUCCUGUGACUACUGUUGGACCCAGCAGAGAUGGAACUAUCAGUGAGGAUACCAUUCGAGCUUCCCUGAUUUCGGCAGUCAGUGAUAAACUGAGAUGGCGGAUGAAAGAAGAAAUGGAUCGUGCGCAAGCUGAACUCAAUGCCUUGAAACGGACAGAAGAGGACCUGAAGAAAGGGCACCAGAAACUGGAAGAGAUGGUAACUCGCCUGGAUCAAGAAGUGGCUGAAGUUGACAAGAACAUUGAACUUCUCAAGAAGAAAGAUGAGGAGCUCAGUUCUGCCUUAGAGAAAAUGGAAAGUCAAUCAGAAAAUAAUGACAUAGAUGAAGUUAUUAUUCCUACAGCACCACUUUAUAAGCAGAUCCUGAACUUAUAUGCAGAGGAAAAUGCAAUUGAAGACACCAUCUUCUAUCUUGGGGAAGCGUUGAGACGUGGAGUGAUAGAUCUAGAUGUCUUUUUAAAGCAUGUACGUCUUCUGUCUCGCAAGCAGUUCCAGCUGAGGGCGUUAAUGCAGAAAGCAAGGAAGACUGCUGGACUCAGUGAUCUCUACUGAAUUCUCAGACUCUAACUGGGAAGUUAGAUUUCCUUAAGAAGCAGCCAUUCUCUUGGUAUUUCUCUUAUAUCAGUAGGUGCCCAGAAUAAGUUAUUACAUCAUUCAAGUGUAAGAUAUUUUGAAUCAAUAAUAUAUUUUCUUUUUGGUAAAGACUAGCUUUUAUUAAUGCACUUUCUAUCUCCUGUAAUCUUUGUGCUGGUGGACUUAACGCUGAAUAAAACUUGUUGCAUAUUUUCUUCCUCUA